AUGUCACCGGAACAGCUAAUCCAAUCCCUUUCCCUCGAUGAAAAGGUCUCACUUCUAGCAGGCAAAUCAUACUGGAGAACGGCCGGAUUGUCGAAGUAUGACAUCAAACCUAUCAAGGUACAAGUCCCCAAAAUGCAGUACAGUGACGGGCCUAAUGGUGUCCGUGGAGAAUCAAUUCAUGCGUCAACUAAAGCUACCUGCUUUCCCUGUGCAGCGUUGGUGGGGUCGACCUUCAACACUGAUUUGGCCCUUAAAAUGGGUCAAACCAUAGGCAAAGAAUGCAAUACCAAGGGAGUUGGUCUUCUUUUGGGACCAACUGUGAAUCUGCAUCGUUCUCCACUAGGCGGGAGAAACUUUGAGGCAUAUUCCGAGGAUCCAACCCUAUCUGGUUUACUCGGGGCUGCGUUUGUCAAUGGUGUCCAGUCAGAAGGCGUGUCUGCCUGCCCCAAGCAUUUUGUGGGCAAUGAAUGCGAGACCAACCGCAAGACAUCGAAUACUAUUGUUGAUGAGAAGACGCUUCGGGAGUUAUACGCAUAUGCCUUUCAGGUGCUACUCAAGAAUUCUACCCCGUGGGCUAUUAUGACAUCAUACAACCUUGUGAAUGGUGUGUUCAUGUCGGAGAAUGAAGAGUUACUUCAGGGUCUCCUCCGCAAGGAGUGGGGAUUCCAGGGCGCCAUCGUUUCCGACUUUGAAGGAGUUUACUCAACCGUUCCCUCUGUCAUGGCAGGCGUUGCACUUGAGCUGCCAGGUUCUGCCCGUUUCAGAGGAGAGCUUCUUCUCAAGGCCGUCCAAAUGCGACAGAUUCCAGAAUCACACAUUGACGACCUAGUCAAAGAUGUGAUCAUGCUAUCAGACAAGGUUGGGAUGAGAGAUGAGACAGUCACAGAGCAAGACAUUCUCAAAGACGAGGGCACAGCAACACUAGUGAGAGACAUUGCCGCAGAGGGUAUUGUCUUGUUGAAGAAUGAUGGGCAUCUUCUUCCAUUAUCAUCCUCCAAGAAAUUCCAGAUUGCUGUCUUUGGCUCUCCGGCUGCCAAUCCCGUCAUUCAUGGAGGUGGCAGUGCGUCUCUUACUUCGUCCUAUGUCAUUUCACCUCUCGAUGCGCUCAAAGCGAAGUUCGGGGAAGAGAACAUUCAUUAUCAUCCCGGAGUUCCAAUCUUCAAGAAAAUUCCGUCUGCUCCAACCUCGAUGAUGGUAGCACCAACUACCGGACAGCCUGGAGUCGACUGCUUCUGGUACAAUGGCUGGGUGGUGGGUGAAAAUCUAGUGCAUCACGAAAUUUUAGAGACAACACGAACGCUAGUCAUCGACGCUCGAAUCUCAGAGCUUCAACCGAAACACUGCAAUCGCAUGAGCCUCCUUCUUCGCCCUGAAAUGACCGGUCUACAUACAUUCGGAGUGACUUCCUGCGGAAAGAGUGUUCUCCGGGUGGAUGACAAAGUUCUCCUAGAGCACUCAGGAUUCGAAGAUUGCCGAGUGGAAUAUGUCAUGCAACCUGGAGACUUCGAAGAGCGAGCCGAUAUUUACAUGAAUGCGGGAUGCGCGUACGAAGUGAUCAUCGACACCUUAUCAACCACUGCGCCCAGUCCAUCGCCAAUCUUCGACAUUACGCCGCAGGCUACGUCGGUGGGAUUUUACGAGAACCUAAAUACCCCUAUCGAUCAGAAGUUGCAGCAGCUGGCAUCGGAAAGCGAUAUCGCUAUUAUCUUCACAGCAAACAACAAGGAGUACGAGUCUGAAUCAUUCGACCGCUCUUCGUUGUCCUUGUCUCCAUUGCAGGAUGAAUUGAUUCGCGCCGUGGCUAGCACAGCUCCCAGAUCUAUCUUGGUGAAUCAAACGGGAUCGCCCAUCUCUAUGCCGUGGAUUGAUGAUGUCGAUUCUAUUCUCCAAUGCUGGUACGCCGGUCAAGAGGUGGGGAAUGCACUGGCAGACAUUAUUAGCGGUGAUAUCAAUCCAUCUGGCAAACUUCCCAUCACAUUCCCUUUGCACAUUGAAGAUACCCCAUCCCAUGGCAACUUUCCAACGGACCAAAACAUGAGAGUACUGUACGAGGAGGGAUUGGAAAUGGGUUAUCGCGCACGAAGCAAGCCAGCUCCUCUUUUUCCCUUCGGUUACGGGCUAUCAUACACCGAUUUCAGUUCGCAAGGUCUUACUAUCAAAACCACUGCUGGUUUGUCUGCCGUGAACCUGACAGUGGCAACGACAGUCAAAAAUACCGGUCUCGUGGCUGGUCGGGAAGUUGUUCAAGUCUAUGUUGAUGGUAUCUUGAAAGGCUUCCAGAAGAUGUUUCUCACUCCCGGAGAAAGCCGUGUCGUGGAAGUCACCUUGGACAAGUAUGCCUUUAGUGAAUGGUCCCCCAAGCAAGGAUCAUGGAUUAUAGAGCCUCGGAAGUAUAGCAUUGAGCUUCGUCAAGACGCAAAUACUGUGGUCGCUUCAACUACAUACAGCGUCGAAUCAAGCUUGUCUUGGAAUGGGGUUUGA